AUGGAUGCACUAUAUCCCCGGGACUGGACCGAUGUGCUCGAAAUCAUUGCUGCUACCGGUUCCUUUCUCUUUGUCUCCAUUCUUCUGUUGAUUCAGCAACCUCUUAGCCGCAACCGCUCCAUGUGUACCAUAGUGUCACGCAAAUUGUACAACAUGUCCCAGGGGCAGACAGUGACCGCAGAAUUAGCGCGCGACCCCUCGCAGUGCCCCCAGAAGGUCUUUCACAAGCUCUUUGAGGGUCAUCAUUCAUUACACGCACACAGUGGAUCAGACUCGGACUCGGACAGUGCAUCAAAAUGGGAGCAGUUAGAGGAGUUGCAGAAGGCUCGCUCCUGUGGGAAUUUUGGAACAACCGAGACAAGCGAGCUAUUCUUGAAGGUCAGACAAGUGGUGAAAAAAAUAAUUGCUUCAUCUAAUUUUCGAAUCCAGGUGUACCAUGACGCCCUGUGCUGUCUGGAGAAGAACCCCAUGUCCGGGGUGGUCUCACCCCCUCUUUUGGGGGGCACCGGGGUCUUGCCCUUGACCAUUGUGGCCCCUUUACCAGAUCUAUGUCGCCAUUUAGCAAAUUGCAUUGUACGGGCCGAGCAUGAGAUUUUUCUAGGCACCAAUUUUUGGAUUCACUCUGACGCAUCCACUCUGAUCACGAAUGCCAUCCGGGAGCUCUCCAAGAGAGCGGGAGAACAAGGUCGAAAGGUGGUCAUGAAGAUGAUUUAUGAUCGGGGAGAUCCUCGCCAGGCCUGGGACAACAGGCUCAAUGUCAAAGAGGACCAAUACGUUGGAGGAAAGGUAAGACUUCCUGCGGCGAGUGAGAUCCCCAACGUCGAUCUUCAAGUGAUCAACUUUCACCGACCCAUUUUUGGAACAUUCCAUGCGAAGUUCACUGUGAUCGACCGUCGCAUGGCUCUCAUCCAAAGUAGCAACAUCCAAGAUAAUGAUAACCUCGAGAUGCUAUCGCACAUCGAAGGUCCUAUCGUGGACUCGUUCUAUGAUGCUGCUCUGCUAUCCUGGGGAAAGCCCCUGGAGCCUCCAUUCCCCCUUCUGAACUCUCCUGCCAAGGAUGCUCCCAUAUCGAGCUACGGAGCCGAGCAGAAUGGUGCUUCAGAGAAUGGAACAGAUGCUCUCCCUGAACUUACAACCAGAUCCCCACACUAUGAUCAUGACCUACAUCACGAGGCUCGGAGGGUCAACGGCAGCAUUCACCCACUACAAAAUGAAACUCCGACGCAGGCCGUCAGCCGGCACCUUAAUACGACUAUCCAACCAGACACAACCGGCGAUGCACCCGACAGCGACCAAAAUCCCAUCAUGACCCCAUACAUGCUCCUUCCAGAUCACGAGCCCUUUGCAAUGGCAGUAGUGAACAGAGAGCCAUUCGGAUGUGAGUACUCGUCCAGCGAGCAGAUCCCAAGAUCGCCAUCUAACCCCAAACAAGCCCCAAACCACAGCAGCAUCCACACACCCCAGAACUCCGCCUGGAUCUCGGCAAUCAACCACGCCCAAAGAUCCAUCCUGAUCCAAACACCCAACAUGAACGCCGAACCCCUGAUGGAACCUCUCAUCAACGCCGCUCGCCGCGGCGUCAUCGUAACCUGCUACCUAUGUCUCGGCUACAAUGACGCAGGCGAGCUCCUUCCAUUCCAAAAUGGAACCAACGAGAUGAUCGCAAACAGACUAUACAACUCUCUCGGAUCAGACGAAGAAAAGUCCCGCCUGCGAGUAUGCUACUACGUCGGCAAAGACCAGACCCGCCCAAUCCACAACAGUUUCAAGAAACGCAGCUGCCAUAUAAAAUUGAUGAUCGUUGACCAGCAAAUUGCUAUUCAGGGCAAUGGAAACCUCGAUACCCAGUCCUUCUUCCAUAGUCAGGAGAUCAAUGUUCUUAUUGAUUCUGAGAUGGUAUGUCGCGCUUGGACGGAGUUGAUCAAUCGUAAUCAGAAUACGGCCAAGUAUGGUGCUGCCAGUGCCAAGGAUGGUUGCUGGCAUGAUCCAAAGACUGAUGAGAUUCCGCCUGGAUCUAUGGGGCCUGUGCCUGGUCGCUUCAGCUGGGCUAAGGGGGCUAUUGGCCGACGAUGUUCCCCCCAAACCAGUGCAAACGACGGACCAUAUUCAGUCAGACAUUGCAUCCAUUCGAUCCUAACACAAAUUCAUAAUCAGCCAGAAACCUACAGACCUCGGGAUGCAAUGUCUCGCACAUACGAUCAGCCAAUAAGAGACGUAGUAGACUAUGUCUACAAGUACCAACUCGACGAAGACGACGAAACAAUAUGGAAAAGUGCCCGCACCUCCCUUCUCGACGCAGUGGGCUGCGCCAUUGAAACAGCAGCAACAAGUACAACAUGCCGCAAUUUCCUCGGUCCCAUGACCAAAACAAUCGUCCCAAACGGGUUCAAAGUCCCAGGAACAGAUCACCAAGUCGACACACCGAAAGGUGCCUUCGAUCUAGGCCUUUUGAUCCGAUACCUUGACCACAACGACGCACUCGGUGGUGCAGAAUGGGGACAUCCAUCUGAUAAUCUCGGUGCAAUAAUUCCCGUGAUGGAUUGGCUUUCGCGCGCGAGCAUCGCAGGCGAGAUCGUCCACCGCGGACCUCCGCUGACCAUGCACACGCUGCUGGUUGCUUUGGUCAAGGCUUAUGAGAUACAGGGAUGUUAUCAAAUGCAGAAUGCAUUCAACGCCUACGGCAUUGACCAUGUCAUUCUUGUGAAGUUGGCCUCUGUCGCUGUUGUUUCUUGGAUACUCGGCUUGACAGAAGAGCAAGCCAUGGCGGCGGUAUCUCAUGUCUGGAUGGACGGUCAUCCAAGUCGGGUAUAUCGAAGCGGCGCGAAUACCGUAUGCAGGAAAGGGUGGGCGGCUGGCGAUGCAGCACGCAGGGCUGUGCAAUUGGCGUUUAUGGUUUCGCAGGGAGCGGCAGGAUCGCCGGGGGCAUUGAGUGCGAGACCGUUUGGAUUUUUGGAGCGGACGUUUGGGGAUAGUGGGUUCGUGUUCCCGCGUGCGUUUGGGGCGUGGACGGUGCGGAAUGUGCUUUUCAAGACUAUGCCUGUGGAAGGACAUGCGAUAUCUGCUGUCGAAGCUGCGGUUUUGCAUGCUGGGUUAUUAAGGAAGAAGGGGGUGGUUGACCCUGCGAGACAGAUCAAAAAUAUAUACCUGAGGGUGACGGAGGCUGCGUGUAUGAUUAUUGACAAGAAGGGCCCGCUGUACAAUGCUGCUGAUCGGGAUCACUGCAUUCAGUAUGUGGUGGCUUUGGCGUUGUUGAAAGGUAGCCCGCCGGUGGCGGUGGACUACUUGGAUGAGAGUCCAUGGGCUAAGAGUGAGGAGCUGGAAGCUCUGCGGGGGAAGAUUGUGGUUCAGGCUGACUCUGGACUUCAGCGAGACUAUCUGGAUCUUGAUAAGAAGAGCAUCGGUGCAGGUGUGACGAUCUAUCUCGAGAACGGCGCUGAACUGCCCGAGAUACUGAUCGAGUAUCCUGUGGGACAUGCGCGGAACCCUCGAACAGCGUCUGCGGUGCAGAAGAAGUUUUUCAAGAACAUGAGCUAUAUGUUCUCCGCAGCAGAGAUCAGUCGGAUACUUGGAGCAGUUCAACAGCCGGAUAUACUGAUCUCGGAUUUCAUAGACCUGUUCAUUCCAUCCUCCAAGUCGAAGAUAUAG